AUGAAACUACGAAUCACCGAGAUCCCCCAUGUGAAUCUCGCUCCCAUCUGUGUCCAUCAUGAUGGCCACCGCAUACUCCUUCUCCUCAUUCAGACUCCUCACCUGCCCAAUUACCUCCCGGUGCCACUCCCUGGUGCCGUGGCACAUGUUAAUCCUCGCUACAUUCAUCCCUCCCACCGCCAGCGCCUACAGCUGCUCCGCCCCACACGUGGCGGGGCCUAUCGUGCAGAUCAGCUUCGUCCGCUGCGUGCUACGGAACCCAUUCUCCUUCAGCUCUGCCUCUGUCACCGCAUCCACGUCGAUUGA